AUGUCAAAUGUGACUUCUUCCUCCCCGCCGCAACAGCGGCCGUCUCUUUACCGUUCUCAAUCCCAUGCCAACUCCUCGAACAAGAACGAUCCCUCGUCAUCCAACCAACCUCAAUCCGCAGAGCCGAGUGCUCAACCUUCACGACCCUCCCAUGGCAGAUCAAAAUCUUAUCUCUCACCUGCAGAUCCUAAACCACGGAACGCCAUCACGCUCCCUACUGCAACCAGUGCGUUCGAGAAGACGGCAUCGCGCCUACACCUACCAGGAACCUCGCAUCGACAUCAUCAGAAGGAUAAAGACCACAACUCCAGUGGACACCAACACUCCCAAUCACAUUCUCACAUAUCACACCAUAACAAUGAUUCAACACACAGUCUCACCUUCAGACGUCACCGCCCCACGCAAUCCGAAGCACAUCCCAUCCGUCGAUUCGCUUCAAAGGAGGCUCUCUCGACCCUCCCUCAUUUGGUUGCAGGACUCAACGCGGAGCGAGACAAGCGAAUACACACAGGAAAUGUGCCCAACCCGAUAAACCCAACAAAUCGCAGUGCUGGCAGCAACGGUAUCAAUAGCACGGGUGCGCAUUUCUUCGGUCCUUCUGCCGCAAUAUCAAGCGAUUUCCAGGCCGGCGGUCGCUAUGAUUACAAUGCGUCCGGAUUUCCUGAACUACGCCGGCGUGCGACAUCCGAUCCCGCCUCUCGUGACAAAAUCUCUCAACCAGCUCCAGCACAUCCCCUCCGGCCUAAGACGUCGUUUGAAGAGGCCCUCGAUCGCGGUGACGCCGCACGCGUCGCACGGCGCAUCCAUGUCAAAGUUGAGGAUCUCCAGCGCCGCGACACCGAACUCCGAGCUGGUGAAGAAGAACUUCGAUCCCGCGUUGCAGAGAUAACCGCCACAGGCGUCGAAAUAACUCGUCGAUUAGACUAUGGAUACUACAACUUGCUCGAGAAGGUUGGAAGCCUCGUCAGCAUGAUCGGUAGUUUUCAGUCUCUAGCACGACAGACCGAGACAUUGAUAAGGAAUUUUGAGCGCGAGAGCAAAAGGGUCGAUGAAGAUACACGCCGACGGGUCAAAACUCUGCAGGGGGGCUUCGAGGCCAGGCAGGUGAAGGCCAAACAAUUGUCAGAGCGUGGAGACAAGGUGAGCGCCAGGGCGAGAGAGCUAUCUGCCCGAUUGGAGAAGGCUCGAGCGAAAGUGGAGGAAUGGGAGAACCGGGAAGAGAAAUUCCGCAAGGCAUGGGACCGUGUGUGGGGAAUCGUGUGGUGGACGAGCAUUGCGGUGCUUGUUAUCGUCCUAGCUGUGGUACUGGGCAAGGAAUGGUAUUUCCACGGAGAUCCCGUGAAGGCCGGGCUGGGACAGCAUGGUGAAGGGAACUGGAAUCGGAGCCUGAGACUCGGUGGGACGGCGGGGGGCCAGGAGAAUGAGAGACUCCUUCGACUCAGUGAAGGCGGUGACGGCAGCUCUCCUAGCGACCCCAGCGGCAACGAGAAUGACACCGCCAGCGGAGAGAAGAGGCUGAACGUACCAGACGACGUGAGGGAGAUUCUCUUAGGUAUCGCUGAGAGGAACUACAGGAGGAAAAAGGCAUUCCCGGAGGUUCCUAGCUUGGUGUUUGGGACGCCUCGGCUGACGACAAACACAGAGGAGGACCAGUGUCGAGAAGACCCGAGACUGGCCAGCUUGGACGAGCUCUGA